UCGGCGCGCAGGUGGAGGCGCAGAGGAGACGAGGAGAGAGACGCGCAGGACGGACUGUCUGUGGAAGAAAACAGCCAGGGAUUUUGUUUCAGUACGCGCAACAUUUUGCUUUCCACGCCAGGAACAAACUGUUUUUUGACUCGGUGAUUGUGUGCGGAGCUUUUCUUUUUUUUUUUUCUCUCUCUUCUCUGGUGACAAAAGUUUGACUGUGCAACCAUGAUGCUCUGCUCCGCUCCUGCUCGUUUUUCACGCACUGCUGUGGAUUCCGGCUCCAGCGCGAGCGUCCAGUCCUCACUCGAGUCUUUUCGGGCUUAAUUUUUCGGCGCCAGUUCCCGAGCAAACAGUGGGGCUUUUUAUCCUCACGCAGCAUCACCACCACCAUCAUCAUCAUCAUCAUCAUCACCACCAGCACCAGCACCACUGGUCUUGCGGGAUUGUGCAUCCAUUUGAAUCAAUGUCGCGCUCCAUUAUGGACUUCCUCGGACUGUACUUCUUGCAGCUGGCGCUCAUUGGAGUCCCACGUGUGGCUCUCUCCAUGGCCGGCAGGGACUGCCUGAGCGCCGGAGACACCUGCUCCAGCGACGACACCUGCAGCCCGCGACUCCGCACGCUCAGACAGUGUGUGGCGGGCGACGGCAGCGUGAAACUGGGACCCGGGGCGCGGAACCAGUGCGAGAACGCCAUGACCGCGCUGAUGUCCACCCCGCUGCACGGCUGCCAGUGUAAACGAGGCAUGAAGAAGGAGAAGAACUGCCUGAGCAUCUACUGGAGCUUGCACCAGUCUGUGCUGCACGGUCUCAGCCUGGUGGAGAACUACCCCUACGAACCAGAGGAGCGCGGCUCAGACUACGUCCGCCUGGCCUCCAUCGCUGCAGAGUCUGAGGUGACGACGGUGAACCGCUGCCUCGACGCCGCCAAGGCGUGCAACAUAGACGAGACGUGCCAGAAGCUGCGCACGGAGUACGUGUCCGCCUGCAUCCAGCCUUCAGCCCGCUCUGGGCCGUGCAACCGGGCCAAGUGCAACAAGGCCCUGAGAAAGUUCUUCGACCGCGUUCCCCCCGACUACACCCACGAGCUGCUGUUCUGCCCCUGCACCGACACGGCCUGCGCCGAGCGCCGCAGGCAGACCAUCGUGCCCUCCUGCUCCUACGAGGACAAGGAAAAGCCCAACUGCCUGGCUCAGCUGCGGGUCUGCAAGGCGGACUAUGUGUGCAGGUCUCGCUGGGCACAGUUCCAGUACGACUGUCAACCCGCGGAGCAGAGCGCCAGCGGCUGCAAGCAGGAGAACUACGGCGCGUGUCUGCUCGCGUACACCGGCCUGAUAGGAAGCACGGUCACUCCCAACUACCUUGACAACUCCACGUCCAACGUGGGGCCGUGGUGCUCGUGCGCGGCGAGCGGCAACCACAGGGAGCAGUGCAGCGACCUCCUGACGUUCUUCCACGACAACGUCUGCCUGAAAAACGCCAUCCUGGCCUUCGGAAACGGCUCGGACGUGAAAACCGGCGCCAGUCAGCCCGGGACGUCGAGUCCGGCCGCGGACGACCACCACAUUCCUCUCCUGGCAACAACCCCCGCCCAAGCCGUCUCCAUGGAAACAGAGCAGAACAUUCUGCGGGCACAGAUACCGACUCAGGUCAACGAGAACGACAGAUUGUGGGGCGACGAGGGAGACUCCACUCUUCCGUCUCCGGGCCUGUCGGACAGCGGGGACCAGCCCGUCGGACCGUCUGUCCUCCUGGGCGUCGGCUGGUUCCUGUGCUCCGUGCUGCUCCUGUCUGACUAACGAGAGGCCUCGCUCACCUGGCCUCCACUGACACGCGACUGGA